UACAUGUCAGUCAGUCUGAGGGAGGGAUUUGUGCUGAGCGGUUGCGGAGGACAAUACACACGCUAGCACACGUGGGCGAGGAUAUAUUUUUGACGUCACGUGUGUACAAGUGCAGAAUGGAAUACUCGUCGUGUUUGAAUUAAGAGGCCCUUAUAUUACAGGGUCCUCUAUCAAUCAAAAGUCGUUACACCCAAGAACUGUAGCUACUUGCAGCUUUCUGUUUUCACCUCCCGAAAUAUAAGGACAAAGUGUUUUGUAUCAUUGUGGGCAAGUGGAAGGACUCCCUGGAAGUAAACCUGUGAAAGAAAGUGAAAUGUCGCCCUCAUGAUAAUGGCAUCGGUGACUGUUGUUGCUGGGGCGAUUUUUGGUGAUAUCUCUCCGUCUUCAUCAUCGUCUGUAGGAAGAUACGUCGACGACGAAGACGGUGGUGGCUGUCGGGAGAUGAUGCGGCUGUGGCGAUUGGAUUUAUAGAAGUGUCAAAAGACAGUUUCUUCCGGUGGUCAUAUCGUCUUCCUCUUGGAGGACCGGAGGAGGUGUCGAACAUGGACAUCCAAGCAAUGCAAUCCAUGGACUGGCUUUUUAAGAAGGAAAGGAUCUACCUGCUGGCGCAAUUCUGGCAGCAGCGCGCGACCUUGGCGGAGAAAGAGGUCAGUGCUUUGAAGGAGCAGCUGGCAACGGCAAACCAGAACCUGCAGUUAGUUGAAGGGAAAGGUGGGGUAGGCAAUAAGCCUCCCGGGGGUGGCGGGGGUGAUAUGGAACAAAACGCAAUGGACAUUAUCUCCCGCUCCGGCCUCGAAGUAGAACUUGCCGCGAAAGAAAAAGAGAUCUCGCAGUUGGUGGAGGACGUACAGAGGCUACAGACCAGCAUCACCAAGCUUCAGGAGAAUUCCGCGGGGCAGAUCGCGAGGCUGGAGGAGCAACUGGAGCACAAGCGACAGCACAUCACGCGCCUCGAGGCCCGGCUCGACGCCCAGAGGGACUACGAUGACGUCAAAAGGGAGCUCAGUAUUUUGCGCAGUAUCGAGUUUCCAUCGGUGGGUCCAGGAGGUCCUUCAGGAGAAACCAGCAAGUCACUGGAGAUGCUGCUCCUGGAACGGACCAAAGCGUUGCAGCAAGCAGAAAGCGCGGCACUGAAGGCAGCAGCUGAUCUCCAAGGUAGUACCACUACAACCUCGACCCCGACUACGACUGCGUCACAUCAUCUGGUGCAAGACUCCCCUUAUCAACCCCCUCCCCCUCCACCAUCCCAUCCAGCUCAUCUUCCUCUGUCGAACCAUUCCCUGGAACAUUCCUCGACAGUACCGCCCCCACCGCCUCCUCCGCCUCCACCGCCGCCACCUUCUGUCCCUCCGUCAGCAAUGCUUUUCCCGCCUCCACUACAAAACGUGGAAACUUUCGGUUCAUUUCUUGGUGAAGAGAUUGUUGCCAAUUGGCGACGGUCUCUGGAGAGAACCAUCCUGAGUCAGAGCCAUGCGGCAGUCAUAUCUUCCGCUCAGCAUCAGCAACAACUAAGUAUCCACUCCCCAACAGAUACUCAGCAGCCAUCUCCAGCAACCCCCAACUCCACCCACCAGCAGCCGUCGUCAGCGGACAGCAACAAGCCUGAAGGCUCCACAUCCCCGCACAACAGACCGCCUUCGUCUGCGACCCCGUCGUUCCCUUGCACGUCGUCUCCUACGUCACUGUCGUUAGUGAACGCGACGACAGCGAUAUCGUCACCGUCAGCGACCACAACGACGACAACGACAACGUUAUCAUCAGUGGGAGAUAGCGGAGCGCCGCUCCAUCACCACCUCAUGAACGGAAACCCUAAGACGCCUCCCGAAGACGCGUCGUCUUCAGCGUCAACAGCUAGUGCAUUGUGUAACAGUAGCAGCCAUUUACUGUCCAGUGUGAGUUCUAGUAACAAUAAUGUGAUCCCACCGCCCCCAACGAGCACGCCCGUCAGUGUGGCGGCAGGACUCAGUUUCCUUAGAAAUGACGAUAAUAUGAAAAGUCCUUUUAGGUUCGACGAUCCUCGAAGUCCUUUUCGUUUUUCGGAAGAUGGUGGAUCAAUGACUCCAAGUGGUGUGAUGGUAGGACGUUUAGGUGAGUCUCUGAUACCGAAAGGAGACCCGAUGGAAGCAAGGUUGCAGGAGAUGUUGAGGUACAACAUGGACAAGUAUUCCACACAAAAUUUGGACACUCUGCAUAUAUCGAGGAGGGUGCGCGAACUCUUGUCCAUUAAUAACAUUGGCCAAAGAUUGUUCGCUAAGUACGUUCUUGGAUUAUCACAAGGCACCGUCUCCGAGUUGCUGUCCAAACCGAAACCGUGGGAUAAGCUCACGGAGAAAGGACGGGAUAGCUACCGGAAGAUGCACGCGUGGGCGUGCGACGAGAACGCUGUCCUACUCCUCAAGUCACUCAUCCCAAAGAAAGGAAAAGACACGGGUAUCCCAGCGUUUGCCCGAGGCGACGCGGAUAACAUGACAGAAGAGAGGAUAGCGCACAUCCUGAGCGAGGCGAGUCAGUUGAUGAAGACUCAAGUGGAGGACAGCCACAGUAACGACAGCAAGUCUCCCAACCAAGGACAGUGUCCGUCACCGCUUGGCAAGGAUGGCUCUCAAAACCGUCGACUAAAGAAAUAUGAAAACGAUGACAUUCCUCAGGAGAAGGUAGUGCGAAUCUACCAAGAAGAGCUUGCCAAACUGAUGGGUCGCCGUAUGGAGGAGUCCAUGAGAGGAUCUCGCGAGCACUUCCCGAGUCUGCUCUUCCCUCAUUUCUUCAGUGCUGGUGGAGGUGGCGGUGGGCCCAUGGAUCGAACCCAAGAAGAAAUACGCAUGGCUCUAGACGCAUACCACCGGGAGUUAGCUAAACUGAAUUCUGUAUCCUCCUGUCCUCCUGUUGGCAGUCCAGCUGGACUUCCAGGUCUUCCAGGUCUUCUGGCUCUACAGCAACAAGCUCUGAGUCAACAACAGCAUCAACACGCCCAACUCAAUGGGGUUGCACAGGACCUAUCACUACCCAAGGACCGCAAGGACAGUGGCAAGCUGUCUAAUGGGGGUGGUAGUGAACUGUUGAUGGAGGGAGUUGAUAGCAAGAAGGAAUCUAGCAUGAUGGAAUCUGUUGCUGAUGUCUUAAGGCAUGCCGGUAGUGCUUUCUCCCUUGUCAGGCCAAAGACUGAACCAGGAGUGGGCCCAGGAAGUGGAUCUCAACAGCCCACAACUGGCAGCAGUGCAAGUAGUCCGCUGAGCAACUCUAUCCUGCCCCCUGCCAUGACACCAGGUGAUGAUUUCUCUAGUGGAGCUGCUGCUGCAAGUCCACUGCAACGUAUGGCAUCCAUUACUAAUUCACUCAUCUCACAACCAAGCACUCCAACACAUCACAGCCCAUCACAGCGCCCGCUCAAAGCUGUUCUCCCACCAAUCACACAGCAGCAGUUUGACAUGUUCAACAAUCUCAAUACGGAGGACAUUGUGAAGAAGGUUAAGGAGUCGCUAAGUCAAUACUCCAUAAGCCAGCGGUUGUUUGGUGAAUCUGUUCUGGGUUUAUCACAAGGCAGUGUGUCAGAUCUGCUUGCAAGGCCAAAACCAUGGCACAUGCUAACGCAGAAGGGAAGGGAACCUUUCAUUCGCAUGAAGAUGUUCCUGGAAGAUGACAAUGCAGUCCACAAAUUAGUGGCCAGCCAAUACAAGAUUGCACCUGAAAAGUUGAUGAGGACCGGUAGUUAUGCAGGUGGACCUCCAUGUUCAUCCCUCGGCAAACCGCAGCUGCCUUCUUCAAAACUCUCUGAUGCUGUCCCUAACAAAAAUCUCCCAGGUGACAACCAGGGAUCCAUUCUGCCUCCUUCUCUACAGCUCAUCCCCCCACAUCCUCAGCAACCACCUUCAAUACCCCAACCACCCCCUCCUCCCCUGUUGGUCACUCCGCCAGGCCACCAUUCUGUUGGAUCAUUAUCAAGUUCAGACUUGAAGAAGUCCCAACAGAACCAACAGUCAUCCCAUCCAAACCUUCAUCCAUCACAUCAUCAUCAUCAACAGCAGUCAGCAGCAUUGCGUGCACUGCAGCAACACAUGACACCAAGUGUUUAUGAGAUGGCAGCGUUAACACAGGACUUGGAUACACAGAUCAUCACAACAAAGAUCAAGGAAGCUCUUCUUGCCAACAAUAUUGGACAGAAAAUCUUUGGAGAAGCAGUGCUGGGUCUCUCACAGGGUUCUGUGAGUGAACUGCUAUCCAAGCCCAAACCGUGGCACAUGCUGAGCAUCAAGGGUCGUGAACCAUUCAUUCGUAUGCAGUUGUGGCUGAGUGAUGCACACAAUAUAGAUCGACUGCAGGCCCUCAAGAAUGAGCGGCGGGAGGCAAACAAGCGCCGCCGCAGCAGUGGCCAUGGUGGUGGUCUUGGUGGUGGCGGUGGUGGUGGAGGUGGUGCUGACAACAGCAGUGAUACAUCUUCCAAUGACACUUCUGAGUUCUAUCACAGCCCAAGUCCUGGACCUGGACCACCAUCUGCCAAGAAACAGCGAGUCCUCUUCUCUGAGGAGCAGAAGGAGGCACUUCGCCUAGCAUUUGCUUUGGACUCCUACCCUAAUGUAGCCACAAUUGAAUUCCUCAGUUCCGAACUAGCACUUUCUUCACGUACUAUCACCAACUGGUUCCAUAACCAUCGGAUGCGACUGAAACAACAGGUGCCUCAUGGUCUGGCACCAGAUGGGGCUGGACUAUUGCCACCACCACGUAAUGAUCCUUCCAAUGGUGGACAGCAGUCCUUUGACCCUGUUCAGUUCCGUCUUCUACUUAACCAACGCUUGUUAGAGCUACAGAAAGAGCGCAUGGGUCUUGGUUCCGUCCCUCUUCCAUAUCCACCCUACUUUGCUACAAAUGCAAACCUAGCUGCCCUGAUUGGUAGAGGCCUGCUUCCCACAGCAGACUGUGACCCAAAGGAGCAGUUCAGUGGGCUUGACCUGAGCAUGGGUGGGUUGAAGCGGGAGCCUGCAGACUAUGAAGAUGAGGAGGAUGCAGAGAGCAACAUGGGUAGUGAAGAUUCAAACCUCUCAGCAUCAAGCUUGCGGGAGACUACAACCUCAGCCACUGUGAAAAAAGAAUCGUCAGUGGUUCCUCCCACAACAGGGCGUUCAUCACGACGUAAACCAGCUGCACCUCAGUGGGUUAAUCCUGAGUGGCAGGAGGCUGUGGUAACAGAAACGGGGAAAGACAAACCUGCUGGUAGCAGAGGAGACAAGGAGGUGAUUAUUAAUGGUGUGUGUGUGAUGCAAGCAACAGCUGCAGAUGACUAUGGCAUGAAGCUGAAUGUCACCGAUGAAGAAACGGUCCGUAUAGAGCCAACACCAGUUCUCGAUCCUUAUGAUGAUAGAUGCAGUGAUGCUUCAUCAGAUGCCGUUCCUAUUGAGGAACAACGGACCCAGCCUACACCAACUGAACAUGAUGAAGAAAGAGGAAGUGCUAAGUCAGAAACUUCAUCUCCUCAGGAGGAUGAAGAAAGAUUGGAGGAAGGAGAAGAAGCUGAGGAAGAAGUAGAUGGUGAGGUGACAGAAGUGGAAGGGUCUGUGGAAGUGAGACAUAAAUUUAUUAAACACGAGGAUGAGGAUGAUGAAGGGAGGGUAUCCCCUAUUGAGGAGGAAAGGAAAGAUGGGGAAUGGGACAGGGCAAGUGGGAAAAGGCCACAGCCAGAAAGAGAUGCUGUGAUUGACAAGAGAAUUAAGGCAGAAGAUAGGGAGGAGAGAUGGGAAUAUUAAUCGCUUCCCACUUACUUUUAACUAAACGCUUGGUUCCAAGACUGACAUGUUGUUGUUGUUGUGGAUUCUGCAUGCCACAUGGAGUAAAACUGAAUACAGCUGUUUAUAAGAAGAACAGAAUGAUAUUGCUCUAGAGGGACCACAUCACUGAUUGAGCAUUUGAGCUGCUCUGACCUGUUUGUGGGUUGCUAAGGUUAUUCUAAAAUGUUUCCAGUUUUCUUAUACUUCUCACCCGUGGAGAUUUUUAAUUAUUUUUAAAAUUUUCAUGGUUGGGAAGGUUCUUAGAACAGCAGUGCAUUAGAAAUAAUUUUAAAAAUGCUUGGCAAACGAGAAGCCAUGUAUCAAAUAAUGUUCAAAUGUUCUUUAUGUUUACUGACUUUCAUAUUUUAUCAUCUGGUGAUAAGGACAACGAACCUCAAUGAAUAUUGUUUGGAAAUGAGAGGGAGAUUAAGAGAGUGGCCAGUGAAGUCUCCCUGAACACGUGCAAUCAUCGAAGUUGAUAAAUCAUAGUUGUGUUAAUUAUUGUGAUUUUUAAUGUUUCUGUUUGUUAUUACUUAACAAACUUAGUAUGAGUGAUGUUACUUCAUCUAUUUAAGAUUUUUUGGAUUUUUGAUUCUCCAGUAUAUAAGAGGGCACAUAUGUGACUCUCAUUAAUAAAUUAAUGAGUAGUUGAAAAAAGACUGUUACCAUAUUCUACUAUUAUUACUAGCCAAAAAUUAAUUAAUAAUGAUAAUGGCCAUUUGCAAAGCAAAUUUUAAUUGUGAUACUGAGCUUACGAAUAUGAGAAUGUACUUUUGCUGAUCAAAUCUCAUUCUGUGUGUGAUUUGGAUAUGCAAGGAAUCGAUCAAGUCAUCCAGAAAAUUUUAAAAGGUAAAAUAUUAGCCUUUUAAAUCCCACUUUAUUUGACAAAACAGUUCUCAUUUAAAUGUUGAAUAUAUUAUUCAAUUAUUUUAUUUUCUGUAAAAGCAAAUUACACAAAAAUGUGAAAGACUUUUGUAAAUAGAGGACAAAGCAAGCAACCAUUCAUUCAUCAAUGCCAGUAAACCUAAGAUAUAUAUGACAGUAUUGGUUACAAAGAGAGAACUACUUCAUAAGAAGUAUUGUUGUGAAAUAUAUUACAUAUAAGUAUUAAAUAUGUCUUGAUUGCAGUCAAGGUUCUCAAGAUUCAUUGAAAUUUUAUCAUGGCUUAUAUUAAGUUUGUUUAGGUGUUUACAGAACUUCCAUCUGUAAUAAAAUAAAUAUUUUCUUGAUUGCAAUUUUUUCUAUGAAUAGUUGCAUAUUCAUUGUUGGUAAUAUAUUAAGGAAACCAAAUUUUCCAUUUGGCAUUACCAGUUAUUAUAGCCAUAUAUUACAGAAAAAGACAUUUUCUUCUGUUUCAAAUACCAAAUGCUCUCUUUCCUCUUUUCGACCUGCAUUUUCACAGUAAAUGAAACCCCCGAAAGUGAUUAAUUGCUUAUUUUCUAUCUCCUGCUAGUCUUCUUGAAGAAAUCGUCUAGUCGAUACUCACCAGUGAACUCUCCAACUCACGGUCUGGUUGCUUUUAUAUUAUUUUGUAACAUUAUUUGCCAUUUCUUCUUGUAACGAAGAACUGGAUGUGGAGUGACUUCAUGUGGACAUGGCCAGAGCAAUAUGUGGUACCCGGACCCAAUUAUACGUGCAGUAUUUGCGAUCUCAUAUUACCAGAUCAACCCUCAGUUUUAAUUGUUUUUCCAUUUUAUGUUUCUUUUUCAGAAAUCAUCCAAAUAUAUUUGUAAUCAUAUUUAUGAAUUUUUCUAGUAGAACAUGUGCACUGUAUUAUUCAGAGCUUGGAUGAUUUGGCCUAUUAUGUAGAAUUCCAGACAUAGUCUUUGUUCUGAGAUGGUAGUUUUUUUAUAAUUUGUAUUUAUUAUUUGUACUCGCCUAAGGCAGAAGACAGGCAGUGCUAACUGGUACGUGAAUAGAGCAGCCAGUGUUCUGACUGUUGACGUUUUUGAACUUUUUAAAACUAUAAGCUGUGUUAAUCAUAAAAUUUAAUCCAGAAAAAAAAAAGGAAACUGAAAUCUUUGUCCCUAUAAAUGUAUAAAAUCAUAUCUUAACAAUAUUCAGAAAAUCAAAUAGUAGCUAAUGAAACAUAAUCAGAUUCAGUACGAUUCCACCCACUUGACAUUUUAAAAUUAUGCCCCCUUGCCCCAUGAAAUAUUCUAAUUCUAUUAUUCCUUGAUGUUAUUUAAGUUUCAUGAAAAAUGUUUAAUUAAUUUUUAUAUUGUAUGGAAUAUGGAUUGUGGAUAGUAGCAUGCACGACUUAGGACAAAGAAUCUUCUCGCAUCAUCCAGUUGUUCUUUCACAUUAAUAAGUAUAUAAAGUGUACAUUACUAAUAAUUACUGCGGACUGUACAGCGAAGCACCAUUUCUAGAAACAGUUUGGAUGUGUAUGUAUAUCUUCCAGUUUUCCCCCAACAUACUCUUAUAUUGAGAAUUAUGUGAAUGUGCCCCCUCUUGACCCCUUCCCACCACAAAACCCAUUGUACAUAAUCUACAGAAAUUGGGUUGUUAGAUGUGAUGUUGGGGCAUUGUGUGCGAACAAGACUAGUUCCUUAUGAAACACGAACUUGCUGGAACAGUUGUUAUGACCGAGAGUGCGGGUAAACUGUGUGUGUUGUGUGACUGGCUGCACAGAGUGUAAGGAGAACUGUAUCGUGGUUGAACACAAAACAAGAGAUGGAUACAAGAGAAAAUAAAUUUAUUGAGACUCUUAAAGAGUUACCCUAGUGCUGAAUGAAUAGUUUGCACAUUACAAAAAGUGCCCAAAACUAAAUAUAUCAGUUUUUCAUUUAAUAAUUCAUUACUGCUUAGCAUCAUAUGUACAUAUUUAUAUUCAUAUCAUUGUGUCCUUUUAAAAUUUCUAAUAUUAAAAGUUUCUCUGUAUUUAUUCAAGUAUGUGAUUAUUUCCGUAAAUCGUGCAAAUAGAUGAGAUACUUGAACAUAAUG